CUUCCACACAGUAGAAAUUGGACUCAUCAUCGAUCCGUCUCCCUCCUCUCUCCUCUUCUCUUCCUCGAAGGUCACACCACGGCGUGGCUCCCCGCUCCUUUUACACUCUUCCUUCCUCUUUCGAGUGCUACGGCGGCCUUCGCCACCAUAACAAACCAAGCCCGUGUCGGUAAAGCGAACACUUGAAGCGUCCGUUAAUGGAGCCCCCCGCCCUCGUCUCCUCCUAUUCCCUCAAGCCCGGCCUCCGCGUCCCCUCCUCCGCUCCCCUCUCCCCUCGGCCUUCGCGUCCCUCGAGCCGCCCCCGCAGACUGCUAUUUUUCUCUCUUCCUGGCUCGUGGCCGGGGUCGGAAGGCCGGGGGAGUUCGUUCGUGACCCUCGUCCCCAAGGCCGCCGCCGAGGUGCCCGAUGGAAGGCCCAGCCGAAGUGACGCCGCAGGAAGAGGAGGUAGGAGAGUUUCAAGGCAGUCUCAGGCGCAGUCGACUGCCCCGUCCUUUCCCGUGAAGGAGGUUGCCUCCUUCGUGGUGCCGGCUGGGAUGUUCGUUGCUACCACGUUCGUAUUGUGGAAGGUAGUCGAAAACGUACUAAUGCCAAAACCAAAGGGUUCAACUUCCAGGGCCAAUAAAUCUUCGUUACCUGGAAUUAAGUGGUCUUUUUCUCCUGGUUCUAAUCUGCAAUCAGGUGCUAGUGUGAAGAUUGAAAGAGAGUCCAAGCAAAAACUCAACGAAUUUGCCAAAGAACUUCGGACAUUCAGCAGUGUUGACAUGUCAGGUCGUAAUUUUGGGGAUGAUGGUCUGUUCUUUCUUGCUGAAAGUCUAGGUUACAAUCAGGCAGCAGAGGAAGUGGACUUUUCUGGCAAUGGGAUUACAGCAGCUGGAUUAAAGGCCUUUGAUGGUGUUCUUCAAACAAAUACUGUGCUGAAAACUCUGAAUCUCUCUGGAAAUAAUAUUGGUGAUGAAGGAGCUAGGUGUCUUUCAGAUAUAUUGAUGGUGAAUGCUGGUAUUCAAAAGCUCCAGCUAAACAGUACAGGUCUUGGAGAUGAGGGAGCAAAGGCUAUUGCAGAGAUGCUGAAAACAAAUUCGACUUUACGUGUCCUUGAACUUAACAAUAAUAUGAUUGACUACUCUGGUUUUGCAAGUCUUGCUGGGGCUCUCCUUGAUAAUAAGGCAAUUCGGUCAAUACAUCUCAAUGGUAACUAUGGGGGUGCGCUUGGUGCAGCAAGUCUAGCUAAAGGAAUUGAAGGAAAUAAGUCCCUAAGGGAACUUCAUGUUCAUGGAAAUGAUAUUGGAAAUGAAGGCAUUCGAGCAUUGAUAUCAGGUUUAUCUGCCCAUAAAGGAAAAAUAACACUGCUAGAUAUUGGCAACAACGAUAUUGGUUCAAAGGGUGCCUUCCAUGUUGCUGAAUAUAUCAAGAAAACUAAAUCCUUGCUGUGGUUGAAUCUUUAUAUGAAUGACAUAGGUGAAGAGGGAGCGGAAAGGAUUGCGGAUGCUUUGAGAGAGAACCGCACAAUAACUACCAUAGAUUUGGGUGGUAAUAACAUCCAUGCGAGUGGCGUGAGUGCGAUUGCGAGAGUAUUGAAAGAUAAUUCUGUCAUCACAACACUGGAGUUAAGUUAUAAUCCUAUUGGCCCUGAUGGGGUAAAAGAUCUUUGUGAAGUUCUGAAGUUCGACGGCAAGAUAGAGACAUUGAAGCUUGGUUGGUGUCAGAUAGGACCAAAGGGUGCUGAGCAUGUUGCAGAUUGUUUGAAGUACAAUACCACAUUGACAACUUUGGAUUUAAGGGCAAAUGGACUUGGAGAUGAUGGUGCAGUCUGUCUGGCACGCAGUUUGAAAAUUGUUAACGAGGCUCUAACAUCACUUGAUUUAGGUUUCAACGAGAUAAGAGACAAGGGAGCAUUUGCUCUGGCACAGGCACUCAAAGCGAACGAAGAUGUAGCCGUAGCAUCGUUGAACCUCGCAAGCAAUUUUCUUACAAAAUAUGGACAGGUUGCUCUGACGGAAGCUCGAGACCAUGUAUUUGAGAUGAGUGAAAAGGAGAUAAAUAUCUUUUUUUAGAUGGUCUUUUUUGUUUUCCUCAUGACACAUUUUGCUCCCAAAUUUGUAAAUGGCCACAAGAGUCUGUUGAGCUGCACAAGUAAUACCGUCCAUAGUGAUAAGAUGGAGCAACUCAUGCGGCUCAGUGUUUCUUUGCAAAGACCAUUUAGGCAGCAAUUGGAAGAGUUUAAUUCAUGUAGGAAACAGUCAGUACAAAUUUUGAUCUGUCAAGUUAUUACUUAUGUUUUUCUUGGAUGACUUUGAUAUUGAAAUCA